CCAUUCAGCGUUUGGGUGAAGACGAAGGCGGGUUCUGGACAGACGUACGCUGUCAGGGAGUGUUUACUUCGCCUCCACUUCUUUUCCUCCCCGCCCUGGUGCUGCUCCAGGUCACAUACUCGUCCUGAGCUGGCUUCAGCUUCUCCACGUAGAAGUCUCCCGGAGCCAUGGCCGAGUACUCUUUUGUGAAGUCUACCAAGCUUGUGCUCAAGGAAACCAAGGCGAAGAGCUGGGUCCUGCAGCUCCGGCGGGAGCCUCCUCAGUUCUUUUCGGAUGCACUCCACCCCCGCGAAUCCGGUGGAAUCCGUGGCGCGGAGAGCCGGCUUCGUGGCCUCCCAGGUUUCGCCCUGACACUGUCUGGGCUGGACGGAGGCCGGACCGCGGUUCGUGGCGCCUGUGCAGAGAGGGGCAGCCUCCCGCGCGGACGACACUGGAAACAGGAUAGAUGGGCGGGUGACCCGUGGCCCCGUACCUACGAGUUUGGGUCCGCUGAGGCAUCUCUCCAGGCCUCUGCCUGUAAGAAGAGGAAAGAUAAGAAGAGAGGAAGUUGAAGAAACCCAGUUUGAUAUGUUGGAAUCUAGUGAACAGUAACAAACUUUGGUGAAAUUUCAGGAACCACAGCCAUUGAAAUGGAUGAGGGAACCUAUAUACAUGCACUCGACAAUGGUCUUUUUACCCUGGGAGCUCCACACAAAGAAGUUGAUGAGGGCCCUAGUCCUCCAGAGCAGUUUAUGGCUGUCAAAUUAUCUGAUUCCAGAAUCACCCUGAAAUCUGGCUAUGGAAAAUAUCUUGGUAUAAAUUCAGAUGAACUUGUUGUUGGGUGUUCAGAUGCAAUUGAACCAAGAGAACAAUGGGAACCAGUCUUUCAAAAUAUUAGAUCCUGUGCUGAAAGAGAAACCAAGAAAAAAGAUGACAUUCCAGAAGAAGACAAAAGAAAUGUAAAACAAUGUGAAAUCAAUUAUGUAAAGAAAUUUCAGAGCUUCCAAGACCACAAACUUAAAAUAAGUUAAGAAGACAGUAAAAUUCUUAAAAAGGCUCAGAAAGAUGGAUUUUUGCAUGAGACACUUCUGGACAGGUAGCUAUUUAUUUACUUAUUUUCACUAUUUUCAGUAGCCAAUAGAAAUGGCAUGUAGAAAACCUAUAUUCUCCUAAAUUACUGUAGUUUUCACAUUUUUGUCUUUAUUUCUAAUUUAUGAGUGUGGCAAUAUUACCUAGAGAGGACAUCAUGAAUUUGGGAAAAGACUGUCAAGAAAGAAUAUCUAAAAAUUAUAACCGAUUCUAAGUAUAUAUUCUAAGAAAUUCAGGUUUGACUGUAUCUACUUCAUAAAUUUAUCAUUAUCUUUUUAUAACUAUUAGAACCAGAGUUAGAAAGAAGCAGUUUGACUAAUAUAAAAAUUAUGUGGAUUCUGUUAGAGUAGUUCAGGUUCCUUAAAGUAAGCAUAGAUCGACUAAAAAACUAAGUAUAAAAGCUAAACAAGUGAAAUUGAAGCAGUUUUAUUGUAAGAUUUGGAAGAGUGCAGGAUGUUUAUCAUAGCACAUUAUUAAUAUUUAUUACUCUUCCUAUGUAGAUAAGUAAUGUCCUAGAUUUACAACAUAGAAAAACAGGUAGAGACGUUUAGCUGUGAGUGUACAAGUAUAAAUCAAUUAAGUGCCAGAUUUUGAUAAUCACCAGCCGCUCAUUCAAGUCCUAUGUUGCAUAGUUACUCUUACGCUUUUCUUACAUUACUUGAUAAAGGCAAUGUUUAAUUACAUAUUUCCUAUUAACUAGCUGGUAGAGUUCAUACCUAAAGUCAGUAAAUGUUAAGAAUUUUUUCCAGCUGAGCAAAUGAGUGUGUAUCUAGUUGUAAGAAAUCAAGAAGAGGAUAUAAAAUAUAAUCAGGAUGUGGACUCUAAAAUGGAAUAACCUCUAUGUCCUGUAACUUUUAUAACUCAUAAUAAUACAGCAUUCUCACCCUAUUAAAUGGAAAUUUAAAGCACCCUUAAAUUCCAGAAUAAUUAAAAUUGCUAUUUGGAUUGAAAAAGCCCUUAGGCAACAUUUAUUGAAUAUUAGGAAAUAACUUUUAUAAGAUUAGAAUCCAUUUUUUAUAGAAACCAAAUUUGAAAGUAUACAUAUUUUAAUAUAAGUGUUGUGGUAAUACAGUAACCAAAAUUGAACACACAGUUUUAAAGCUUUUUAUAUUUAGUAGCAGUUGAAUAUAUAUGGCAUGUUUUACAUAGAUUAAUUUUACUAUUUUUCUUUGUUUAAACAAGAGAACCAAAUUGAAAGCUGACAGAUACUGCAAAUGACUGGGGUUUUUGUUCCUGCCUUAUCUUUUUGUGUUUUUUUCUGAAUAAGAUAUUCAGAGGAAAUGAUUUUACAGAGUUCUUGAGUUGUUGUGAAAUUAUUAUUUAGCUAGUACCUAGUUUAACCAGGAUUAAACAAGUUUAAUCAGGAUUCUUCAUGGAUGUACUUUUUAGCUAACUACAGUUUUUCACAUGGAAAUUAAACUUACAGUACACACUUAACAUACCACAGAAUUUUUUUCUGGAUUUCCUGUCCUGAAGCAUGAAGUGUAGUAGAAACCAAUUCUUCCUGCGCUACUUGUGGAAUCUUUCUUACUGGAUCAUAAUCUUACUUACUUUAUACAAUAGAUGCUUAAUCAGUGCCUUUAAUAGGAAGUUAGAAACUCCCAAUCCCAUCUACAAGGCUUUUAUCUACCUCCUAAGUAGUAUCCAGAUCACAGACAGUCCAAAUAUCAGAACUAGGGGCCCGGGCAGAGAGGACAAAUCAUCUAUUAGGGAAUGAGACAGAAAGUAGAAACAUUACAAAGGAGCAAGUAGUCUCAGAACAGAGGGGAGAGUAGUUCUGGGAAAACUCCCUAAUGAGGACAGGUUUGCCACAGUGGAUAUGUAUGUGAUGUUUUUGUCCUCGUGGGCUGGAAUGCAAGCUGAUAAGUUCAGACUCUAUGUGUUGCAUAGGUCUGCUUUGUUGAAGCCUGUCUCUUUCAGAGUUCCUAAACACAAUAUUUCCGUGGCAUCUAAUCCCAGUGAGUGCUCCAAAAUCCAGGCUGUGUAUCAGAUGCCAUGGGAAAUUCUGCCUCAGGACUGAGGUUGGUUCAAGCAUCUGGAUGAUAUCAAAAGUCCACGUUGUGUGCUGGCCUAACUUGAAAGACCCUAUCUAGUUCUAGCCUUUAAAUUCCUUCUGUCACGAAAUCUGAAGUUACAUGGCAUCUGUACAAGCUAGGUAGCUGAGGCAUGGGAUCAGCCCUUUAAAGGAGCUUUUGGAGCUUUUGUUGUAGGUCUAGCUCCAACUUGGCACUCCAGUUCCAAUAGCUGGACUUUCUCUCAUCGUGUGUUCUGAUCCUUGGAUUGGGAACAAAGUAACCACACUGAUCCCACAAAGCAGUGGUUCCAGUUCCCAAAUGGUGACUAUUUUGCCUCCCAGGGGACAUUUUUGGUUUUCCCAACUGGAAUACGGGGUUAGAGAGUAGAGCCUAGGGAUGCUGCGAAGCACGUGGCAGAAUCCUGUUCUGCCCAGAAUGCUAACAGUGCCAAGGUUAUGGAGCCUUCCCACACAAGGGCUUGGCCUAUUUCUUGCUUUUGCCAGCUCCCUAACCCUUAAACACAACAGUUCAAAUCUAUAUGCAUAAGCAUCUCCUAGGGACCUGCACGUUUCCAAUAUUGACUACUGAGACCCAUCCGUAGAGAUGCAGGCUUAGGAGGUCUAGGAUUGGGCUCAAAAUUUGCAUUUUAACAAGUACUCUAGGUCAUUCUGAAGCAAGUGAUACAAACCACAGAAUGAGGAACACCGCCUUCAAGAGACUGAAUCUUGCUUCCCAAAACUAGCUUGGUAUCUGAGACCAUCUGCCUGCUGACUGGCUUUUGUGGCACAAACACUCUGCAUGUAGCCACAGUGUGUUCCUGGACUCCAUGUCAACCCGUUCACCCUCAUGUUCCCUUGGUUCCUGUCCCCAGUCCAGCGAGCAGAACUGAUUACAGAUGUUGACAACAGAAAAUACAGAUUUAAAAUAAGUUGCCUGUUCCUGUGGACUUUAUCCACUAGUGGAGGAGGACAAGUGGACAAGGGGAGAGGGUAGAUGGGGGCUCCUUCCCUAUUCCUCCCAUUCCACUUUAUACAAACCCCAGCUAGACCACUGGGAGAGCAACGGAGGUUAAGAAUGACUGCAUCUAAAUAUUGUCAUCUGGUCCACUCUUCUUCCAUCUUGUACACAAGAAUAUCAUGAGUUUUGCUUAAAGCACUACUGAAACCAAGAUAAACUCUGGCUUAGCAUGCCCCUGAUGGAUCAGUCUAGUAAUCUUAUCAAAACCAAGACUACCUAAAAGCACUAACCAAAGGAAAAGCUCCCUCACCCCAACCUAUGACUGCUCACAUUUUUCAGAUUGAAUCAUUUCAAUUGUAUUUUAAGGUUCAAUGACUCUUUACCACCUCCAAGCUGCUCCUGAACACAACUGAUUGUUAUUUUUUAAUUUUGAAAACUUUCUCACUUCUAGAAUUUCCACUUGAGCCUUUGUUAUUAUUGUAGUUUCUUCUUCUCUGCUGUGAUUUCCUAUCCAUUUAUUUUACGGGUUUUUGGGGUUUUGAUUUUAGUAAGAAUUACAAUAACUACUUUAAAAAUCCACACUAAUUCCAAUAUCUGGGUCAUCUUGAGGUCACUCUCUAUUGAUUGCCUUUUUCUUUGAAUGUGUUUCUUUAUAUGUUUGAUAUAAUGGGAUUGAAUUCUGAAGAUUGUAAAACUAGAUUUUGUUUUGUUCCUCUGAAAAUUUUGAUAAUUUUUGGUUGUAUUUGUUGUAUUUUGUUUGAUUUUUUUUCUAUUGUAUACUUUACAAUAUAUUUUCCUCCAAUGGUUUUAACAUU